ACCUAUGCAAAGUCCAUGGUAAAAGAGUCAUUUCCUAUCAUGAUUAUUCAAUUCUGCCCCCAGUGUGGUGUAAAGCUAGAGCCAAACUUUAAAUUUUGUCCAGCCUGCGGACAGCUACUACCACGUCAGGAUCUUGAGGAACCAGUGACAUCAACCAUCUCCCAAAUCACUGUAUCCCCAUCCAGUACAGGUAUUACCAGCCAAACUGUGAAGUCCCGCUCUCCUUUGCUCCGAUCAUCCUGUUCUCCUAGGAAACAGAGGAAGACUAGAGCUGAUGCAGAGAGCUGUUCACAGUCAUCCCAAGCUGUGCCUACAGCAGACCACAGCUCCCAUUCUGCUGGCGCAUUAUCUUCUCCUAAGAAACGGCGUGAUGAAUCAUUGAGCCUGGAAUCUUCUACAUCCAAAGAUGUUGCCAUAGUCAAAAACAAAUCCAAAAAAGCUAGAAGAACAGAUCCUAUCAUACCACUGGCAGAAAAUGAGGUCCUAACUGACAACAGUUGCAAGGAAUGGAGACUGGUGAAGCUUCUGGUACAAAAUGACUCAGUGUUUUUCUAUGGAGCUGUGAUCAGUUCUUCUGGAGCCUUUUCUGAUAACUACAAGCACAUAGUCAAACUGGCUGCCAAAGAGGGGAAAAUAUUUAAUGAGCAGAAUUUCCUUCAGCGUGCAGCAAAACCAGCUUCAGUUGACAAAUGGAAAAAGCUCCACAAAAUGAAUUUUCUGGGAGUUCCUACCUGUGUUGGCUUUGGACUUCAUUCUGAUUACAGGUUUCUAAUCUUUCCAGACAUGGGCAUAACAUUACAGUCAAGACUGGAUGACACUAAAAUGUUGCUGCCUGAGAAGACCGUUCUUUUUCUUGCCCUUAAAAUUAUUGAGGUUUUGGAGUACAUCCAUGAAAAUGAGUAUGUGCAUGGAGACAUCCAGGCAGGCAACAUAUAUGUCAAUCUUCAGCUCCCUCAUCAGGUGUACCUUGCAGGGUAUUUUUUUGCCUUCCGCUUCAGCCCCAGUGGGCAGCAUGUUGAGUAUCGUGAACAAAGCAGGACUCCGCAUGAUGGCACUGUGGAGUUUAUCAGCAUUGACUCUCACAAAGGAGUAGGUCCAUCUCGUCGUAGUGAUCUUCAGUCACUCGCCUACUGCAUGGUCAAAUGGCUGUCUGGAUCUCUGCCUUGGUCAGACAUGGUGGACAAGCCAUCAGCUGUGAUGAGUGAAAAGGAGAAAUUCAAGACCAACAUCCAGGGAUUCUUCAAUAAACAAUUUCGAAAGGGUAAAAUUCCAGGUGUGUUGCAAGAGUACAUGGAGCAGGUGAUGGUGCUGGAGUACACGCAAAAGCCCAAUUAUAAAGAGUUGAAAGAUCUAAUGAGAGGAGGCUUGCAGGAAUUGGGGUUCAACAAGGAAAAUUCAAUUGAUUUCUAGUGUUCUAAAGCUUCUGGAAGUUGGAUUUUGUAUUGAUGGAACAUUGUUUUUAUAUCAUUCACCCUUCUGUUUCUAAAACCAAAUGAUGUAGUUUGUUGACAAAAUUAAAAUGUAUAAUUUUGCAUUAGCCAACAUCGACAGUAAGAGAAUUAUGUAAUAUGAGAAGCACUGCACGCUUAUUGUUACUUAGAUAAAUUUAAGGAUGUUUUAAAAUUAAUAUUUUUAAUAUUAUUUUAGCAUGCAGUUAUUUUUUUCUGAAAAGCUUGAAUGGAAGUGGAUGUUCUACACUUAAAGAAAUUCUUUUUAGUCACUGAUUUUAAUCUCUUAUAGACCCUGAUAGCAGAACUGUAUAUAUAUAUAUAUAUAUAUAUAUAUAUAUAUAUAUAUAUAUAUAUAUAUAUAUAUAUAUAUAUAUAUAUAUAUAUAUAUAUAUAUAUAUAAAAAAAUUUUGCGCAGAAGCUGCUGACCAGGAGCCAUUAUUCAGCAGUUGCUCUUCUUCCUUUAAAUGUGAAUGAUGGUCAAUGUAAACUACAAGAGACUGUGACAGUUGGGGGAUGGAGGUGGUUGAAAGGGUGCAUACUGUAGAUGGAAGAAGUCUCUCUCUAUUUUAUUUUAGUUUCAUUUUUCUCAAAGCACUCCAUACUGGUAUGUCAGGUUACUGAGCCAGAUAACAGCAUAAUUAGCUUGGCAUAUAAUGACUGAGCCAUGGUAUACAAGUUUAUUAACAGCUGUAGAGCAAUGUGAAUGUGUGCUACUGUAUCUAAAUCUACAUGGCUAAUACUCCCCCUUAUGUAUCUGCAGGGCUGAUUUGUAGAUUUUAAAAAAUAAAUAUUCUGUCUUUAUACUACUGA